CAUCCCUACUCCUCUUCACCAUAUACAUAGAAAACAGUAUAAUUGAACUACCAGACUACACCUCACUACCACAUCCCUACCGAUGAGCAUGUCUUAACCAGCCCCUCCUCAAGCUGUACCAACCAUGACCGCACAAUACGAAGGAGGAGGCUUCAUCCCCAACCUCACCUCCCCAGCCUACUCCAUCGCCACAACUGCAUCAACCAUCACACCCUCGCAUCUCCCACGCCAACGCACACAUCCCCUGAGGCCAGGGUCAAAUAAGGAAAGCAGCUUAAUUAACCAUGUAGAUGCGCAAAUCCGGAAUAUCAAUCGUCGGCAUGCCAAGAAAUUUAGUAGUGAUAUCGACGAGCAUACUGAUGCUAGUGAUGGCCCAGGUGCCGAGGGGGGCGGGGAGAAAGGGUAUGAUAGUUUCAGGGAGGUGGUGAGGGAUAUCGAGCGGGUUAUUGAUGUUGUUUGGGUUAGUGGGACACCAUCGCUGCAAAUCCCGUAUCUGAUCUCAGUGGCCGGCUUGGUUAGCACUUAUCUCCCGGAUUUCCCAUUCACGCCAAAACCGACAUUCAGACUACUGAGAAAACUCGACUCGGUCUUUGUCAGUCUUCUGACCGGUGAAGACGCCGAGUCAGGGGCCCCGCUGAGCGGGUUUGAGGGGAGACGAAGUGUCGUGAGUAUGACGGAGAAAGUCAGAAUUAAGAGUAUCGCGGAGGCAUGUCGGAUUGCAGUGAUUGAGGCAAGGGAAAGGGAGGAAGAUGAUGACGAGGAUGAAGAGGAUGAAGAGGAGGAUGAUGAGAUGGAUAUUGAUAGGGAGUUUGACGAGAAUAGGAAUUUUGGCGUUGAUGAAGGUCUCACGGUGCCGGGGCAGUGGGAGAUGGAUAUUGCGAGGAUAUAUGAGAGGACGAUACAGUUUUUGGGUGAUGAGCUGGGGAAAGGAACGGAUUUGGUGGUUUGAUUUAUCAAUUGAUAUGUACUCAGUACAGUAAUUGAAGCAGUUAGUACAUAAGUAGCUCUUUGGAGUGCAUUUUCUAUAGUUCGAUUGAGUUGACAAUCGCAAGCAGAGAAAUCUAUCUAUCCCAUUACCAAAGGCCAUGAGGAGGAUAUGGGUAAACCGAGCCAAAUUUGGGGUAAAAUAACAUGUAGAUACACCAAUAUGACAAAGGUUGAAUAUAGUACUAAUCUAUAUCAGAUUAAAUAUAGAGCUCUG